CUCCGUCGCUCUCUCCCGCCAACGCUCCUCUUCCGGCUACUUGACCUCUUCUCCCUCCUCCCCUCCCCCAAAGCCACACUUGCUCGGCCACCAAUCCUACACUCUCACGGCCUUUCUGUUAUAGAUAGAGCCUAACUAGUAUUCGCUCAUUUCUUUCGCGUCCUUAGGGUAGCCCUCCAGUCACCCGCCUACCCCACAAAUCCUGGGAAUUUCGACCCCCCUUUGUCUCAGACACAUCCGUUGUUGCCGCGCCGUAUCAGCUCUUAUCCGUGCCUGAGGAGCAACCACCCUCUGGUAAUCCGGACUCACUAAGUUACACCAGACACCCUGCAAUGCGCCUCCAGCAGGCGAUCUAAUUAUUCCUACCUCACCGGUCAUAAUUCGCAAGCUAUUAACUCGGUGUCUUCGUGUGUCGAUCCAGCGCUAUGCCUUCAAUCCUGAACGACAACGACAAGGAAACAGUCAGGAGAACUGUACCAAAGCCUGACAACAAAAUCUUAGCGGUGGCUGUUGCGCGCCUCUACGUGGCCCACCCAGACACCCAGAGAUGGACGUACACUGGCCUGCAGGGAGCUGCAGUUUUAGCAAAUGACCUGGUCGGCCGUACCUUUUGGCUGAAAUUGGUGGAUGUAUCGCCUGCCAAUAGGGGAGUUAUUUGGGAUCAAGAGAUCUACGAUAACUUCGCGUACAACCAAGAUCGCACGUUCUUCCACUCCUUCGAAUUAGAAGACUGUCCCGCCGGACUGUCAUUCGCCGAUGAGAAAGAGGCCAAGACAUUCAUCAAGAAAGUACAGGAACGAGAAAAACAUGCGAGCAAAGAGACACGGCAGACGCCCUUUGCAUCAACCCGAGGCCAGGGCCCUGCUCCGGUGGUGAACGGCAAAUCCGGGGUUGGACGAUCGCUGUUUGGCAGCUUACUCGGCCAUCGCUCAUCGUCAGGAUCUCAUGUACCCCCGCCGGUGACACCUGCGGAACUGCCUCCUGCUCCCUCGAUCCAAGUGGCUCCCCCGCCUCCACCUUCGGCCAGCCCAGCACGCAAGGAACUGCCGUUCGACACCAAUGACCCUGCAUUCAAGGGCGUCCUGGACGAGCUCCUACAAAUGGGCAUUACGGAAGACUUGAUCGCCGAGAACUUCGAUUUCAUCAAGUCCUAUAUCGAACAGAAACAAGCGGCAACGCCCAGCCCCCCUUCUGCCGAUGAUCAAAGGAAAGGAAAAGCGCCGCCUCCACCUCCCCCGUCUGCGCCGCCUGCUCCGAAGGUGGCUGCCAUCAGCCCACAGAACACUGGCAACAGCACAGGGAGUCGACGAGGUGCUCCGCCGCCCCCUCCUCCGACGAGGAGGACUCGAAUGGAUACGACGGAUGACGAGCCUGCCUCGAAACGUGAACCGUCUCCUCCCAGGAACCGGUUUCGUGCGCCGCCUCCAAUUGCAGAUGCUGGUAAAUUUGCUCACACACCAUUGCCGCCUACUCGCCAACGGGCCUCGUCAAAUGCUACACCCGGUCCUCCACCUCCUCCACGGCCUCCAAAGACUCCAAUGGAUGAAAACCACUCCCGCUUCGGCGUUCCCCCGCCGUUCCAGGGCGAGCGCAAGGUGUCUGCUCCUCCCGCACCUCCCAGUCGGCCAGGGCCUUCAGGGCCUCCUCCUCCUCCCCCACGCACUAUGAGCCCUGUGCCACCUCCACAACUACCUCCCAAAGUUCCCAAUGUCUCUGCAACAGGACCUCCUCCACCACCACCCAGAAGCCCUGCUUCGCAGCCGCCACCACCCCCACCUGUGCCUUCCAAUUCCCGGCCUAUUCCUCCCCCACCUACAUCAAGCGUGUCGCCUCCUUCGUCGGGUCUUCCGCCCCGGCCUCCUCUGCCAAUUGGUAUUCCUCCACCUGGACUUCCGCCAUCGCAUCCUUCACCUAGUGCCGGACCUCCUGCACCGCCUCCGCCCCCACCGCCGCCCACAAACUCGGUCCCGCCUCCUCCACCCCCUCCGCCUCCGGCAAGCACUGGUCCUCCAGCACCCCCACCGCCUCCGCCGGCACCAGGAAGUUCAAUCCCACCACCUCCUCCUCCUCCACCGCCAGGAGCUGGUGCUCCACCGCCGCCACCGCCGCCUCCUGGAGCUGGUGCGCCUCCCCCGCCUCCUCCAGGUGGAGCUGCUCCGCCCUUGCCCAAAGCCGAAGGUGGUAGGAAUGACCUCAUGGCUGCCAUCCGGGCAUCUGGAGGAAAGGGCGGCGGUGGCCUGCGGAGGGUCAAGGAUACAGAGAAGCGUGACCGGAGUGCAGCCCUUGUACCUGGCUCAGCCAGCGAAUCGUCCGCGCCGACCCCAAGUGGUGGUGCUGCUCAAGGAGGCCUGGCAGGUGCUUUGCAAGAUGCUCUGGCGAAGAGAAAGCAGAAGGUCAGCGGUAGCGGUAAGUAGACACCCCCUGAUGGCCAGUGAUACGCGUACUAAUGUGGACUAUAGAUGACGAGAAGGAGGACGAUGACGAUUGGUGAGCCAUGCUUG